AUGGGUCAGGGUGACAGCUACAUAGUGCGCGUCAAAGCGGUGGUGAUGACCAGGGACGACUCGAGCGGCGGCUGGCUGGCGCAGGACGGCUGCCUGAGCAGAGUGGGCGUGUGCAGGCUGCUGCCGAGCGAGCUGCUGGGACGCAACACCUUCCUCAUCCACGGAGAACGGCUCAAAGACAAGCAGGUGAUUCUGGAGUGUUUUCUAAAGAAAGAUCUGGUCUACACAAAGGCCACGCCCACAUUCCACCACUGGAAGGUGGACAACAAAAAGUGUGGUCUGACCUUCCAGAGCCCGGCCGACGCCCGAGCCUUUGACCGCGGCGUGAGGAAGGCCCUGGAGGACCUGACAGAAGGCUCGACCACGUCCUCGUCCACGCUGCAGAACGAAGCAGAGCUCGGCGACGAUGACGUCUUCACGACCGCCACCGAUAGCCCGUCCAACUCGUCCCAGAAGAGAGAGCCGGCAAUGCACGCGCUGGCCCCACCCACCUUCUGCGAGGCCCGCCGGCACCACUGCAUCCUGGGACAUUUCUACGAGCAGCACCGGCCCUCGGAUCACUACUUCCUCGACCAGGCGGUGCACAUGUUUCCUCAACACGUCAGCUUCCAGGUGGAGGAGGAAGAGAUCGUUAGGAUCAACCCCCGCGAGCGGACCUGGCUCACCGGCUACGAGGACUAUCGCCACGCCAACUCCACGCGAGACAAACUCACUCGGCCUGACAACCCCAACGCCUAUGUGCACUUCACCAAGAGCGAGCCGCCCAAACACGACUACACCUACCCGUACCCGCUGAGCUGCGAAGUGCAGCGAGGCUGCGACGGGAAGCCGGGCUGCUUGGAGCUGGGCGGCGGCCGCAGAGCGGUGGUGACGGUGCAGCCGCGAGCUCUGCAGCCUAAAGGCAAACGGCGGAAGGAGGAUGGUGAGCGCUCGCGCUGCGUUUACUGUCAGGACAUGUUCAACCACGAGGACAAUGGGCGGGGCCGCUGCCAGGAAGCGCCCGACCCCAUCCAGACCUGCAUCCGGCGGGUCAGCUUCAUGUGGUGCGCGGACAGCCUGCUGUACCACUGCAUGUCGGACCCGGAGGGCGAUUACUCGGACCCGUGUUCCUGCGACACCAGCGACGAGCGCUUCUGCCUGCGCUGGAUGGCGCUGGUGGGGCUGUCGCUGCUGGCGCCCUGCAUGUGCUGCUACGCCCCCCUCAGGGCGUGUUACCGCUGCGGCGUGGCCUGCCACUGCUGCGGUGGGAAACACAAAGCUGUGGGCUGAGGCGUCACAGGCCCCGCCCCCUCACACAGACAGCAAGGACUCAUGGGAGGAGCCAGAGGAGAUUUCUACGUUGUUUUGUCGUUGUCAUUUGUCUCGUCUCCAAUUUCCAGAAGGAGGAAAAAAAAGUUCCUGUUGUUUUUUGUUUUUCGUGACGUUGGAGACGAAACGGCUUCAACUGUCACGACGACUGAACAAAGAAUAUUCAUUUAUAUAUAAAAUUCUAUAGAUAUAAAUAUAUAUAUAAAACAGGUACUUUAUAUUUUUACACUCAUGUGUUUUAAAGGUGAAGAAGUAGAAGAGACGUGUGUGAAUGUUGUCGAGCUGCAGAACGUUUCACACUCAACGGAUUUUAAUCACGAGGUUUGAUCAGUUUUAAAAAUUAAUUUACAGAAAUAUUCAACGUCUCACACACAAACACACACACACACACACACACACACACACACACACCUGAUGUAAGACCACAGUUCCCAGUAUUAUUUCAGAAAGGUCAUGUCAGUGUGAUUUCCUGUGAUCUGUCACUCCUGCUGCUUGUACUGGUCAAACUGGUUGUUUCUGUCUUUACUGGUUUGUGUUUGUUUGACGAGAAGAACAAAAACUACAAUAAGAGCAAAGCUACUGGAGGAUGUGUGUGUGUGUGUGUGUGUGUGUGUGUGUGUGUGUGUGUGUGUGUGUGUGUGUGUGUGUGUGUGUCUCAAAGGGCUGGGCACAGGAAAGGAAACUCAUUGAAACAGUUACAGCUCACUCACACUCUCCUCCUGGUCCUGUCUGGUCCUGGUCCUGGUCUGGUCUGGUCCUAGUCCUCGUCCUGGGUGGACCAGCUUGUUCUUGUCUUGUAUUUAAAGAACAUGUAGAACCGAAGGAACAGAGAGAACAGUAGAACGUCUGGAGGGAACAAAAUGGCUCCACAGAUUUCUUUCACCGUCUUAAAACACAGAAAGUUUGUUGAUCAAACGUUUUGAGCUUCGACCAUUAAAACCAGUUCAGAGUUUCUGUUUCUGUCACUGAUCAAACCUGUUGAUGUGUCCAGCUGCGCCCUGAAAACUGAUCGAUUAAAGAGGUGAAUCUCUCAAUGAUAAGACUCUCCUGUGAGCUGGUCUCAGAGCAAAACCAAAGGUGUCAAAGGUCAAAGUUCAGGCAGAUCCCGUCACAUUAACACCAGGUGUGAACAGAGUCUCAGUCUGACAGAACAGGUGUGGAGCUGAUGUGGACUGUAAUGGAUUCUCAGGCUGUGUUCAAACAUCAGGAUAUUACCAUGCUGAUGUUAGCAUAGUGAUGUUAGCAUUCUGAUGUUAGCAAACUGACAUUAGCAUACUGAUGUUAGCAUACUGACAUUAGCAUUCUGAUGUUAGCAUACUGACGUUAGCAUUCUGAUGUUAACAUAAUGAAGUUAGCAUUCUGAUGUUAGCAUACUGAGGUUAGCAUAUUGACGUUAACUUACUGAUGUUAGCAUACUGCCGUUACAAUUCUGACGCUAACAUACUGACGUUAACAUACUGACGUUAGCAUUCUGAUGUAAGCAUACUAACGUUUGUAUUCUGAUGUUAGCAAACAGAUGUUAACAUACUGACGUUAGCAUACCGACAUUUGCAUACUGAUGUUAGCAUACCGAUGUUAGCAUACUGACAUUAGCUAAAACUAAAACUAUAGUGCAGCCUCACAGAGCUGCUGCUCGGCUGGAGACACCUACAGCUGAUUUGCCGCCACCUCAAGUUACUUUAGCAGGUUUUGCUCUGAGACAGCACAUGGUUUAAAGGUUAGUUAGUUGGUUGGUUAGCUGUAAUGUAAACAGAAUAAAACAUGUCAAGUACAAGAGUCCACAUUUAAAAUUCUGUGUCCAGGUCCAGGUGGUUUCAGCAGAGACCUCAGUCCAGUCCGGUCCUCCAGUCCCACUUGUCUCUGAUGUCACUGAGCCAGCAGGAAACAACAGGUGAACCUGCCGUCACCUGUUCACACUGAUCCACAUCCACUGAAGGACCACAGACCCUCACUGAGCAUCAGGGGUCAGUUUCACUAAACACCUCAAAUUAAGAUUUUCCUUAAAGUCUGAGUUAAGGUUUUCUUCAAAUAAAAACAGU